CUUCUAGUCACAGUUUACCGGUUGCCUUCUGACCGAUCAAUCGAUCGUUUUGAAGUGGUCUGACUAUUCAAGUGGAAUAAAAAAUAAAAGAAAAAAUAAAAACAAACAAACAAACAAAAGAACCUUGUGCCAAAGAAACAAAAGGAUAUUUUUUGGAUUAAUAAAUUAAAUUUACGUAAAAACAAAAAAUUAUUAAAAUUAUAUCAUGUUUAAGUUUGUGUGUUUAUUUGCCCUAGUGGCAACAUCUGCUGCUGCUGCCAGUCAUCAAGCCACCGAAGCUGAUAGUCUUUUGACAAGUGCCUUAAGAAUGGUCAAAGAUUGUGGUGAUCGUUCUGUGGUUUUAUGUUUAAAGGAACGUGCUCUACAUUACUUCGAUAGCGAAAACGGUGAUGUUAAAUUGACUGACGGCAUUUCCCUGGUGAAAACUGAUGAUAUACCCGUUGGACGUUCACUCAAUGACAUUGUUUUGCCCGAAGAAAAUGAAGCACGUGAAACUGAAGUCGAUUCAUUGUUGGUUGAACGUAUUGCACGUUUCUUUGGCACCCAUACUUUACAAUUCAAAGUACCUAAAGAUUCCGUAGAGGAUAUGCAACGUGCCUUAGAAGAAUCUCGUGGCAAGAAGAAGGAAAAGAAGAAGUACUUGAUGCCCUUGUUGUUGCUCCUCAAAUUGAAAAUGGCUGCUUUAUUACCCUUGGCUAUUGGUUUCUUGGCUUUGUUGUCCUUCAAGGCUUUAGUUAUUGGUAAGAUUGCCUUGCUUUUGGCCUCCAUCAUUGGCUUGAAGAAAUUGUUGGAGAAGAAGGAAAACUAUGAAGUUGUUUCUCAUCCUCAUGCUGCUCACUACGAUGAACACAGUUAUGGACGUGCGUUACGUGAUGCCCAAAAUUUAGCCUACAGCGCCUACAAGCAAUAAAAUGGGUUCUUUUAACGCCAAACCCCCAAUUUAAAGCUACAAAAAAAUAAUUCCCUCAAAUUUUACCUUUAUAACAAAGAAUAUUUUAUUACAAAUAUUCUUUGUUUUGUUUGCUAAUCAAAGUUGAUUUAAUGUUAAAAUAAUAAUAAUUUAUUUAUUUAUAUAUUUUUUUUCGUUAAAAUCUGAAAGCCUCUGGGAGUGCAAUACAUCCUGAUUUAAUUUAUUUAAUAAUUUUUUUUAUAAUGUAUUUAUUUAUUUAAUUUAUUUAGAAGAAUGAAAAGAAAAGUGUGAAAAAUAAAAAAACUGUAAUUUAUUUAUUUAUUGCAAGACAAAAAAAAGAAACAAUCUUAAAAUGAAAAUGUUUUACAAAAAAAAGCCAUGAAUUUUCAAUAGUUUUAAAAUAUUUGUUUAUCCUUAAAAAAAAGUGCAAAAACUUAAGAAGUAACAUAAACAUUUUUAAUAUAUUAGCAAUCAAUCGAUAGUAUUUUAAGAUUCCACUAAAACAAUUUUUUUUUUAAAUAAUUUUAUUUGCAAUAUAAUCUUAAAACACUGGUGACUGACUGACUGAUUUGUAUAUCUUCUCCGUACAAUUGCUAACUGCAUUAACUUCCAAAGAUAUUUUCUUAGAACAUUUUCUCUGCAUUUUAUUACUUUCAUCUAACAAUUUGUAUCUAUAAAAUGUAAAGUACAAAAUAUACAUAUUUUACACUUUAAAGUACUUUUCUCAUUUAAAAUUUAUUUAUGCUUUAACUAUUACAACUAUACUGAAUUCUCUACCUCUUCAAUCUGAUAUAUCUACUUGAUUGAAUUUCAUUUUUCAACAAACUGAAUUUCUUAUCUUCUUUAUAUAUGACAUGUCUUAUUCAUAAAUUUUUAUCAAAGGUUUAUAAAUCAAAAUUUUAUACAAAAUUUGUUCUAUAAACCCCUAAUAAAUGUUUAUGACUAAGACAGGUGCAUAUUUAUGUGUUCCUCUUACUACACUUAUUUAUUGCAAAAUUUUCUUAAACUUUCAAACGUUUCUUAUUUGCGCUUCUUCAUCCUUACAAUAACAAUUGCUAAUCAUUUUAAGAAAUACAGGAAUGUGUUAAAAACCCCUCUUAAUGUAUUUCUUUUUGUUUGAUACUAUAGACAACUAGACAAAUAAAAUAUUUUCUUUUUAGUAGAUAUAAAUAAGAAAAUAUAAUAAAAAAAAUUGAGUAUAAAUAAAAUCAUAUAAAGAAUUUUGCAUUAAUCUGAAUAAUUUAUAUUAUAAGUUGUGUUACUCUUUUUACGUUAAUCUUGUUUUCCUUCUUUUUGUAUGGCAAUAAUAAAGAAAAAACUUUAAAAAAAUUAAA